AUGGCUUCAUUAGUGAACCUCGUGCAGCUGGAUUUGAGCCAUAAUAAUUUCUUUGGAAAAUUUUCAUUGGAAUUGUCAAACUGGACAAAUUUGGAAUGCCUCAAUUUAGAGGGAAAUAAAUUCUCUGGAACUUUGCCAAAUACCAUGCAACAAAAUUUACAUGUCAUCAAAUUGAGGGGAAACCGAUUCAUAGGCAAUAUUCCAUCGCAGUUAUGUAACCUCACCUGCUUGACAAUAUUGGAACUAGCUGAGAAUAAUCUUUCAGGACAUAUACCACAUUGCCUAUACAAAAUCAUGCGGCCGAUUAUGGAAUUUUAUCCUAUAUAUGAAAUAGCAGUCUUUGCUAAAGGAAGAGAAUUGGAUUACAAGAAAUUUUUACUUGUGCACAGCAUUGAUCUUUCCACUAACAAUUUGUCUGGAGAAAUUCCUAAGGAAUUGUUUAACUUAGUUCAGCUGUGGUCCUUAAACUUAUCUCGAAACCAUUUGAUUGGGAAGAUUCCCAAAGAAAUUGGUGGCAUGAAAGGAUUAGAAUCCCUUGAUCUCAGCUACAAUAAGCUUUCUGGAGAAAUUCCUUGGACCAUCUCUAAUUUGUCUUUUUUUGAUUAUUUGAACCUCUCAUACAACAAUUUCACUGGACAAAUCCCAUUAGGAACCCAAAUUCAGAGUUUCGACCCAUGGAGUUUUAUUGGCAAUCAUGAACUUUGUGGAGAUCCUCUUCCAAAGAACUGCUACAAGCAAGAAGCUUCUAAUGACUCAAAGCCAGCUGAAGGAAACGAAGAUGAUGACUUUCUGAAGUCAUUAUAUCUUGGGAUGGGAGUGGGAUUUGCAGCAGGUUUUUGGGGGUUCUGCGGUUCUCUCUUCCUCGUCAGAGCAUGGAGACACAAAUUUUUUCAACUGUUUCAUCUUCUGGUGGAUCGACUUUAUGUUAUCGUGGCGCUCAAGUUGAAAAAAGCUUUCAAUGAAUAUUAA